CUGAGCUGUGCGUUGAGGGGGAGAUACCCUUACGUGUUUUAUUGUAGCACAACUAAACCAUGUUUUGCCCAGCUUGUGUCCCAGUCUCUAGCUGGUUUCUCCGCGACAACCCACCUGGAAAUCAGCUGUCCCCCCCCUCACUUUCUGCAGCUCGUUGACAAGAGGCUUUGACGAUGCUAUCGCGGCGCUUUACAUGGUGCAGGCACUUUGGGAAAAUUGCACCUGCCGCGAGGAAAACGCACCAGCCGGAGCACAUGGACAUAUGUUCCCUGGACCUCGAAUUGGACAGUGAGAACUGAGUAUUCCUGCCUUGUUACGCCGCCAUGGACGCAUUCACAGUUUUAACCCACAUCUUUAAUAUUCACUCGUCGCUGGGCUUCAUGACCACCCGAGUAUGAGGAUGACAGCUGAUCGCCCCUCCUCUCCCUGGACUUGGAUAAAAACGCGCUCCGUCUAAAUCAGCCACCAUUCGCUGGAAGUCUUCCUCUCAGCGGUGUAACAAUAGAUGGAGCAUAGAAGGUAGUGACAUUUGGCUGAUUGGUCCCCUAACCUUUCUCUGAUCAGGGUCCAUUCACACUCCGUCAAAAGGCUUCACCGGCAUUAGGUCAUUUCACUGACGCCCUCCCCUUAAUUAGAUUUCUGCUCAUUUGGAAAGAUUAACUCAUCCAUCGGUGGAAGCGAUCUGUCCGGCCAUCUCUCCACAUGGAAAGUAAAAUUCUCCUUUUGCUCCUCUUUGAUACUUUGCGCUAAACCCAUGGCCAGCGGGGAUGAUCCUUGAGUAGCCGAUAAAAUAAUCAGCGUCGCGGUGUCAGCGAGGGCUUGAGCUGCAGGGGAUUUGUGUAGAUUAUCGCUAGAGUGCUAUUUUGUCCCCCCCGGUCACACUCUUUACAGAACUGAACAGCUUUUGAUCUAUAGCCUUUUCCCUGCUGCAAACUCCAACAAGGGAGCGUGAUUCAAAUAAUCACAAAGUAGUGGUCGGGGUGGGGUGAAGAAACCUGGUCCACAUCCACAAGCAAUGCCUACCUCAGAGGUGUUAAAAUCCCCAAAUCUGAGACGACUUUGACGCUGCUGUCACGCCGUAGAUGUGGGGGGGAUGAGACGCGCCUCAGGGCUGAAGUGAACACUCCCUGUUUACACGCAGGCUGCCUGGGAUGCCAUCGCUGUGACAAGGAGAGCAGGUCCGUCAGAGCCACAAACACAACUCUACAGUGCGUAAAACGACAGCUGUCCCGGACCCCUUUUUGACUAUCUACCGGGCGGCUCUCCGGAGGAUGUAUCAGCAGCAAGGAUGCUGCGCUUCCCCGUGAAGAAGAUCCGGAAGCAGUUCAAGCUCCUUCUGCUGCUGGUGCUGCUCACCUCAGCCGUGUGGUUCACCUAUCUGCACAUCAACCAGGGCAAGACCAUCAAACUGCACUUCAACUACGGAAAAGAUGGAGAGAGACAGACGGAGGGGACGGACGCCAGCCGAAAGAGGGAUGCUCGCUCCUCAGCUGGACACCACAAGAGUGAGGACACCAGUGACAGCAGGGAGGACGAGGCAGCAGAUGACGAGCCAAUCACUGCAGGGGCUGAUGGCAGAGACCACACCCACGUCUGGAAGUUUCUCAGCCAGCAACACAAGAAAUUACCAUGGAAACCAGAGUAUAAAGGCCAGGCCAACCUUCAUGUGUUUGAGGACUGGUGCGGCUCCUCUAUAGCCCAACUCAGAAAGAACCUGCAUUUCCCUCUCUUUCCUCAUACAAGAAUCACGGUGAAGAAGCUGGCAGUGGCUCCAAAAUGGAAGAAUUAUGGCCUGAGAAUAUUUGGCUUCCUUCAUCCUUACAGAGAUGGUGAUUUCCAAUUCUCGGUAUCGUCUGAUGAUAACUCAGAGUUCUGGCUGAGUCCUGAUGAGAGUCCUCUCAACGCCAGGCUGCUGGUUUUUGUAGGACAGCUGGGUACAGAGUGGACCGCUCCAGGAGAGUUCAGCAAGUUCAGGUCCCAGUCCUCCAAAUCUGUGCAUCUGAUGUCGUCCAGACGAUACUACUUUGAGAUUCUUCACAAGCAGGAUGACAAGGGCUCGGAUCACGUGGAGGUUGGGUGGCGUCCAUUCCUCCCUGGUCUGAAAUACGAAGUGAUAGACUCUGCCUACAUCUCCCUCUACACAGAUGAGUCCAAUCUGAAGAUGAACAGUGUGGACCACAUCCCUCAGACCUUGGCCAGUCACAUCCGUCUCCCAGAGUCCCAGCCUCAGGGGCUGGGGGGCAACAUGGAGCUGCACGGAGCCGAUAUGCUGAAGCCAGAUCCUAGGGACACUUUCUACAGCACUCCUAUGAUUGACCCCUUGCACCUGGAAAAUGUUCUCCCUGCCUGCCUCUACUCUCCAACCUACGUAGUCAAAGAUUUCCCCAUCGCUAGAUAUCAGGGGCUGCAGUUUGUCUACCUAUCUUUUGUCUACCCUAAUGACUUCACACGUCUCACCCACAUGGAGCGAGAGAACAAAUGUUUCUACAGAGAGUCACCUAUCUACUUGGAAAAGUUUGGUUUCUACAAAUAUAUGAAGAUGGAUGAGGAAGAAGAUGACAGACCGUUCUUUUUCCCCAACCCAGAUGAUUUCCUAGAGGAAGAGGAGUUGGUAGACACAGAGGAUGAGGCAGAGAUUGUUGGCACCCAGUUGCCUAAACGGCCCUCUCAUCCAAAUCAGACCAGCCAUACUUCAACCCAUCCCCAUCAAUACCAGAAAACUGGGUCUACACCAGCUGGCAGAGAAGUGAAGGAAGAAGAGGACAACCCUAAUAAAGAAGAGGAGGAAGCAGUCAACAGUGUCAUACACCGCAGAGAAAGAAGACAGUUCCCAGAAAGAGAUAGACAGAUGGGAAGGAUUCUGGAGGGAGACUGGGGAAGAGAUCAUACCCAGGGUAGUGUAAGACAGGAUACCAAGGGGGGACUUGAAGACCCCAUGGCUCUUCAGCCUGAUAUGGACAGUGUUGUGAGAGGUCGCUCUUUGUCCUGGAUACACACAGAUCCUGCAAAUCUGGACCGUAUUAAGACAGAUGGAGGAGCAGGUGGUGGAGAAGGAGCGAGAGGCGUUGAAACGCAGCAUAAACUUAGCAAGUCUUCUCUCCUUUUCCCCCAAAAGUCCUCUCUCUCUGCCCUUGCCAGCAGAGCCAGGCAGAUCCUCAGCAACUCUGCCCAUAGCAACCAGCCUCAUAAUAACAGCAACAAGCUUCCAGGGUACAAGAAGGAAAAGAGGGAGGAGAACAAGAUUUACAUCACCAGGCCUCGGCCUGCGAAGGAAAGAGAAAAGGAGAGGGAGCAGCGGCGAGAGAGGCGGGAGGAGAGGGCUUUUCGCCAUCCUCGAGAGGUUUUCCCAGGGGUCUUUUUGUACCAGACUGGGAAGACCACUAGACUGGUCAACCUUGGUGCAAAAGGACGUGGUGGAGGAGGUGUAACAGGGGUCAGGCGCCUUAUUAGUGCCCCUCAGCUCUGGCCCAACCCCCCCACAAAAGAAGGUAAGGCAGCAUCUCACAAUGGAAGCAUCAACAUACAUACUGAAACUGCACAGAAGUCUGCCAGCAAAGCAGCAGUGGCAAACCAACUAGAGAAAAAUAAAAGGAAAAGUGAGUCCCAGGACUUCAGAACUACUGUCAUGGCUGAUCUGCCCAGCAAAGGAGACCUCUUGAUCCCACCUUCCUAUCUCCAAGAUCCACCUCCUCCACUUACAACGGCAAGGUUAAACUACACAGAAAACACAAUCCACAGUCAAUUACGGGUCACUUCUUACCUCAAGACCUCUGAGAUUACAGAGUCCCAGCAGCAGCCAGACCCAGAGCCCAACCCUGCAGACCUCGAGCAAGAUACAAACCGCUCUAAUCCCGACCCCGACCCUGAUCCAGAGCCAGAACCAGAGGAGGGUGAAAUGUCAGACUACAGCUACGAGGAGGUUGAGGUUCGUCCAGGUUGGGCAGAGGAGAGUAUCAACUGGCAGAGGACGUUCUCAGUUAAUCCAAUGGACUUUGAGCUGCUGCGCUCUGACUGGAAUGACCUGCGCUGCAACGUGUCUGGCAAUCUUCAGCUGGCAGAGAGUGAAGUGGUGGACGUGCUGGCACAGUACAUGGAGAAACUCAAUGAACGCAAUGGAGGAAUCUACACCCUGCUGCGGAUCAUCAACGUUGAGAAGCGGCGGGACUCAGCUAGAGGUAACCGUUACCUGGUGGAGCUGGAGCUCAUGGAGAGAGGCCGAAGUGUGGUGCGUCUCUCAGAAUACAUUUACCUGCUCCUCCACCGCGGCAGGCAAGGAGAGGAAAGUCUAGAGAACAUGGACUCUGCCCCGGCGUCUGCACCUGCCUCGCCUCCUUCUGCGGCCACAACCAGCUUCACCACCCCAGCACCACCUCCUUCUACCAGGUCCUCUGUCCGCCCAGGAGCGACACCAUGGAGCACUGCCUAUGCUAAGCCUCUUCUCUGCCAGCCAGUCAUGCUGCAGUGGAGAAGAGACGUUAUGGUGCACUUCGUGGUGCCAGUGAAAAACCAGGCACGCUGGGUACAGCAGUUCAUCUCCGACAUGGAAAAUCUUCAUCGGCAGACAAAAGAUGACAACUUCAGCAUCAUCAUUGUCGACUUUGAGAGUGAAGACAUGGAUGUUGAGCAGGCUCUACGAGACAGCAGCGUGCCGAGAUAUGAGUACCUCAGGAGAGAAGGGAACUUUGAGCGCUCAGCCGGAUUGCAGAUCGGAGUGGACACUAUUGAGGAUAGUCACAGUAUCGUGUUUCUGUGUGAUUUGCACAUCCACUUCCCUCUCAACAUUCUGGAAAGCAUCAGGAAGCACUGCGUGGAGGGACGCCUUGCUUUUGCUCCCAUUGUCAUGAGACUCAGCUGCGGCAGCUCGCCACUGGAGCCUGAUGGCUACUGGGAGGUAAAUGGCUUUGGCUUGUUUGGAGUCUACAAGUCUGAUUUUGACAAGAUUGGAGGAAUGAACACAGAAGAAUUCAAAGACCGCUGGGGUGGCGAGGACUGGGAGCUGUUGGAUAGGGUGCUGCAAAACGGUUUGGAAGUUGAGAGACUACGUUUGAGGAACUUCUUUCACUACUACCACUCCAAAAGAGGCAUGUGGAAUGCUCAGAACAAGAAGACUCCAAAGGGAUAGCGCUAAUUUUUGAUUGAAGGAUCCUAAACCUACCUGCACAUCCACUGUGUGUGUCAGAGGAGGACCUGUAGGAGCUCACUCACUGCCUGAACUCCGCCUUUUUUUCUUUUAACCAGGCUCCUGUCAGGGACUCCUCUGUUUGGCCAUCGGGCUCUGUCGUGUGUUUGUCUGUGGGGAAAUUUAGUCAAAACCUGACAGUCGAGGGUACGCUUUUUCCACAAACAGACCUGAGUCAUCACUUUGCCUCAGUAACUGAGCUACUGCACAGAGAGAAGCGAGGUACUUUUGUUCUGCUUCUCUCUGACUGGUUUUGGUGCAAUCUUUUUCAGACAGACUGGAAAGCAGCUGUUUCUGUGUGCGUGCACGUUUGUAUGCGUGGGCCUGUAUAUAAUAAUGUGUGAGUGUGAUUGUGCUGGUGUGUGCUUAUGAAAGGAAGCACCUUUUUUCUAACAAGGAGAUGUGAAGACAACCUAAGAUUUUUAUUUCUAACAAGCUCUUACAUGGGAGCCUAAUAGAAUGUGUCUCAAAAUGUUAUUCCAAUAGAUUCAGACAUGGUGGCGUAGCUCAAGUAGAGGAACCUUUGUGUUUGAUAAAGCAGUAUUUCUAAAUACAUCAGCCUGUUGGAUAUCAUUAACCAGAAAUAAUGAGGUGAUGAACUUCUUACAGCUGAUAAUAUAAACCACGGAAAGCUUUCUAACUGACAAAGCCCUUUUCCAAACAAAUCCUGGCAGAUAUGUCAUCUUUAAAUCUCUUUCUGUCCCUUUCUCACAGUCUAUAUCUCUUCUGCACUCCAUUUAUUUUCUCUAUCCUUUCUAGUGUCGUCCUGAUUUUUUGUUUUAUCUAGUGAAAUAUUGCUUUGUUGUGUCAGUUUAUCAAACAAUGUUCACAUUAGAGCUAGCUUUCAAUAAGAACUUGAUUUAGUUUUAUUAACUUUAUUUUGCUGUUAGUUAUUUAAAGUUGGUUUGGAUUUAUUCUAAUUGAGUGACGAUGCAGUAAUAUCUGGGAUGCUUUUUAUUCUUCA